UCAUUGUUUCAGGCCACUUUGAGUGUCCACCAUACAACCAGCAAACAAUUAGAAGCGCUUAUCAUGUGAGGAAUAUUGAAGUCUUCAAACUCAAGCAGUUAAAGCGUCCAAUUGAUAUAUUUAUGUCGCAUGACUGGCCAAGGAGCAUAUAUCACUAUGGAAACAAGAAACAGCUUCUUAAAAUGAAAUCCUUCUUCCGUCAAGAAGUGGAGAGCAACACAUUAGGAAGCCCCGCUGCUUCAGAGCUGCUGCAGCAUCUGAAACCCACCUACUGGUUCUCAGCACAUCUUCAUGUUAAAUUUGCAGCUUUCAUGCAACAUGAGACAAACUCCAAAGAAGAGCUACCAAAAGCAACAAAGUUUUUGGCUCUGGAUAAAUGCCUGCCGCACAGAGACUUUCUGCAGAUAAUAGACAUAGAGCAUGAUCCUAGCGCGGGUGACUCGCUGGAGUAUGAUGCUGAGUGGAUUGCAGUUCUCAAGGCCACCAACAGUCUUGUUAAUGUGACUCAGAGCGCAUGGAACAUGCCUGAAAAGAAUGGCCUCCAUGCAAAGUGGGAUUACAGUGCAACAGAAGAAGCCAUCAAAGAAGUGUUAGAAGAGCUGAAUCAUAAUCUCAAAAUUCCUUGUAACUUCACAUUGACAGCUGCUUGUUAUGAUCCCAGCAAGCCCCAAAAGCACAUGGAACCAGUUCAUACCAUCAAUCCACAGACCACUGAGUUUUGUGCCCAGUUUGGCCUCACUGAUAUCAAUGACAGGAUCCAGCAGGCUAAAGAAGAGGGCUCAGUACGAGGCGAGUAUGAAGAGGAGGAGGAGGAAGAGGAGAUGGACAGUACUGGGUCAGCAGAGGAACCCAGUGAGUAUAAUACAGAUAAUUCUGGACUUUCAUCCAUUAAUCCAGAUGAAAUAAUGCUGGAUGAAGAAGGUGGUGAUGAAGACCUGAGUACAUGUUCUGUAGAUCCUUCCCCUGAUCAUCCCCCUGACUUUUCUGCAAGCUUCUCUGACAUCCGGAUCAUGCCAGAUUCCAUGGCGGUAUCAUCUGACGAUGCUAUGGAUUCCACUAAUGAGGAACUGGAGAAAUCUGGUGUGAGUAAGCAGGUGGAAGAGAAGAGCUUAAAUGACAGACCCUUAAAGCGCAUUGGUGGUAGUGAAAAUGGAAACAGUGGCAUUAAAAAAAUUAAGAGAAGGAAUCAAGCUAUCUAUGCUGCAGAGGAUGAAGAUAAAACAGAGUAAUACUUCAUAUGAUGUAUACAUAAAUUCUCUCUGUACCUUUUUAUGGGAAGGUGGUGAGAACUGGUGGACUACUCGUGCUUUUAAUGUUAUUUGAUCUUAUUCAUGUUAUAUUCUUAAGCUGAAGAGGCUGUAUGUACCUCUCGCAGGGAACAAGAUUUAUCUGGAUUAAACAUCUAAGUCAGAAGCAGACUUCUCCAACAAAGAACUUUGUCAAAGGAUUUAAAGCUCAUGUAUAAUCAGUUGAUUUUGGUUAUUGGCGUAUACUGCAUUUCUUCAGCUGUACUGCUAUACAAGAUCCACCGUGCUUGUUUAACAAGAACAGAACUCUAAAAAUCAAGUCAAAGUGAGGGGAUGUGUGAUUUAGCAGACUGAUUUGAUUUUACUGCUUUUCUCUUGUUUUAUACUGAACUUUUAAUACUAAGUAGCAUAUGCAAUAACUCUAUGAACUAAAUUUGAAAACAGAAUUCCUAUGAUAACAAAACAGCAAUAGAAGAGUGAAGAUUACUCUAUCUGGUGAUAUUUAUGCCAUAGAAAAGCUUCAUGGUCUUAAGCAAAACAAUGUGUAUUGUCCAGUAUUGGCUUUUAAUUACAGUUUUGAUAGGGAACCAAGUCUCUUAAUUUGAAGCAAGACAGUUUUAUGGGAAUCAUGGAAGACUGCAUCUCUGUUCUUAAAAACUUCCUUGUGUACUGUUUCUUAAAACUUGAGAACCAUGUCUUGAAAUUAACAUGUAAGUAGUUAGGAUGAACAGCUUCCUAAAUGUGGAAAUCAUCACUCUCAAUUCUUACUAAUUAAGGCUGUGUUUUUCACAUAAGAUGGUUGAUGUUUCUAAGUUGCUUGAGACAAUAGCACCUACCAUUAUCAUUAGCCUUAAGUUUUCACCUCUCAGUAGUGUGUAAUUUGCCGAAUUCUUAACAACUGGAAUUCAGCACCUUCCAAACUACCUUCAUAAGCUUCAGCUGAGGGAGAACAGGAGUUGCCAGAAUAUAGAUCCUCUUGGAAGUUUUCUUUUUACUGUUCUAGUUUGCCUUGAAUUAUUAACAAAGAAAUUAUGCUCCUUUGGUCUAAAAGGCUGUGAGGAUGACAGAAUUUCCUGAAGUCAUGAAAAUGACAGUGUUUUCAAGAACUAUAGCAUUUGUCAUUAGACUCAUUAGUCUUACAUUCAAGUUCUGCUGGUGCUGAGGUUUCGGAACCCAGGCAGAGGAGGACUUGUCAGGACUGUGCUGCCCCUGAGAGCAGAGGUGGCUCCUGGGUGCUUGUACUCCUCUAAAGCACAGGCACUGUGGAGAAGAAAGUGUCCCGAGAGAUGAGGGAACUGGACAGGGAGCCCCGAGGGAAAGGAAUCGGAGAGUGUGAGUUACAUAGCAGUGAAGCGCUUUAAGGUCAAGACUUCCGUCUUUAAAUUGCUUCCACAUUCUGGGAGUCAUCUUGGUUCCUCUGCUGUCAGCAGUUCUCUCUAAAUGUGUGCAAGUAUUCAAGAGAUAGAAAAUGGCAAAAUUAAUGCUCUCCACAGUUCUGAUUAAUGGCUUUAUAGUGGUGGGUUGAUGCUAUUAACAUCCUGGUUUUUUUUUUCCAGAGGACGAUAUCCUGUUUACUAAGUUAUUAGUUGGGCCCUCCUAAUGCUGCUCCUGUAUCUCUAUGCCUGUCAUUUGUCAGAACACCUGCCAAAGAGAACUGUGGUACAGUGUGCUGGAAAACUGAAAGUGUUUGGUGUAACCCUCAGGUUAUCUCAAGUAGCUGUGAACCAUCAGCUAGAUUACUGAAGAUAGCUGAGUGUCUUUAAGGGUCCUGGAUCUGCAGUCCUAAAUAUCUUAAGCAUGCCUCAUGAUUAGAAGACUACAAUGCAAAUAAAGUAUUUUAAUUAUAAAUUGUGUUAUGAACUUGAAAAGUCUCCCAGGAAAUUUGAACAUGGUAUUCAGUUGUUGAAUUCUACAUGAACUGGAGUGGAAGAUGUAUGUUAGAUGUAAUAGACUUUUUAGAUUGACUUUUAAUGUUUUUAAAGCAAAUUAUUCUGUUGUGUCAUCCCCUGUCCUCCCCUUCCUGCUAAAUGUGUUCUGGCUUUCUAGAAAGCAGGAAACUUUGGCAAGAUAAGAGUAUUGACUUUUUGAAUCUUUAAAGAUUUUUUUUAAAAAUGAAAUAUUUCAGCAUCUAUUGAAGAGUGCAGCUGGUAAAUAUACUUAACAUAAAUUUUUGAGUGCAAACCACAUCUGAUCUAUGUAGAGUUACUGUGCCCUUUCUUGUUCACACUCUGUUUGCAGUUUGAAGUGUCCAGCUCUACUGUACUCUAACCCAUUAUGGAUUUUCCCUGUCAGCAAGAUCCUCUGUUGCAUGUAGAAUUCAAUAGAAGCUCUGAACUUUAAGCUUUCCAGUGAAAGGACCAAAUUGUACAAAAACCGUGUAAAACACUAGGGAAGACUGACAAAUUUUAAUUGGUUCUUAAGACCUAAAAUCUUCAGUCUUCUUUAAAAGGAAGCUUUAAAGUCUUUCUGAAAACUCUGAGUUUUGGUGAGAAACGUCUGGAAAAUGUUUCUCUGUCAGGCUCUCAUACAAGUUAUAAUCCGAUUUUUCAGUAUAUGAGAUUUGCACUUAAGUCUAAAAAUGUUUUUGCUGUUACCUAUAAAGUGCUUGAGUAUUCACCUGUUUCAUUCCAGGCCCACAUGCAGGUAUUUUGUUCAUGUUAUUAAUCUACUUGGAGAAAAGCAAACCAAGCAAAGAGGUACUGCUUUUUUGCUUGAGAAGUGGUUUGGUUUUUUUUUUUUAAUUAAAGCUAUUAAAGUCAACUUGUGGCAGC